ACAGAAUAAAAAAAAAAAAAAAUCAGGUUCUUUUAAGCGGCCAAUUAAUAUUUCCUUUUUUCUCUUUUUUUGGAAAGUUCGAUACAUUUUAAUGUAUGGAAAAUAUGCGUUUCUUUAAGCUGGCCAGACGUUUACCCAUUUAACGAGGUACAUCGAUCAACUGGAGCAUUGCGCGUGGGCCAUCAUAAUAUAAGCAACCCCUUACAGGCGUACGUAUGCAUAUACACACGAUCGUUAGCUGCUGUCACAGGCUAAUCACGAAACGGGAAAUUCGCGAAGCGUAGGUAGUCCCUGUGUACAAAGAGCUCUCUGUACAUAUAUACACACUUGGACAUACGUAUAUGCGUACAUACGUGUAACUGCUUUAUUGCGGUGAGCAGUUCCAUAUAAUGAAUUGAGAAGGCCCCUUCACAAACAUGCACACGGAGAAAAAUGUCGCUGCACAAGGAAAUCUGUAAAUACAUUGCACGAUCAAGCUCGAAGCCGCUGCAGAAAUUGGAGUUUGAACCGACCAAACGGAAAACCGGGGCCUUGUCUCAGAUUUUCAGGAAAGUCUUUUUUCCCUACUACUUUAAAUUUAUCCGAGCUCCCUAUGAAAGGUGGCAAUUUUGUGCCAUGACCAAAUUUCUGAGGGAACACGGACUCAUGUACGACGACAUGUACAGUGACAAAGACCCCGUCAUCGAAAGAGCCAUAUCUCUUCUCCCUAAGGAUAUUCAAAUAAAGCGUUACAGGAGAAUGUUAAGAGGAACACACAUUAAUUUUUUAAGACUUUACUUGCACCCCUCAGAACAGAACUAUGACCCCUACAUUCCCUACCUUGCCCCAUAUAUAGAAGAGGCAAAAUUCCAGCUUCAAGAGGAGGAAGAGUUACUGGGUUAUCAUCCCUACGAUAGGAGAUUGUAUACUGGUGGACAAACUGGUUUUGGUGACAUAGAGCCAGGAAUGCAUUUCCUCGUUUCGAUUCCGAACCUUUACGGAGCGGCCAUACCGCACAGUCUUAAGAAGAAGUAGAGGAAGGGCAGGUCAUACCCCUGCCCCCUAUAUGUUAUCUGUUAAUGCUUACGUGGUGAUUUGCUAAGCGGUCCAUACGGGCUAAUAACUCAGUGGGCGGUUUCUCCACGCAUGCGUAGUGGGCAUCAUCCGCAAAGACGUCACCACGAGGAA